AUGGCCUCGGCAGGGAGAAAACAGACGAGGAAGGUGAAGAAUACACAAAACUCAAAUGAUCUCCAUGCGUAUGAUUUUACCGUUGACGAUGAAAAGAAAGGUCUGAGCGGCUCAGAGGACGAAGUGAGAGAAGAUGAAACUCCAGUUGUUGAAAAGCUGGCGAAGAAAAGACCCACUGCUUUGGAAGAAGAUCAAAUAAAUGUGGGAAUGGGGAGCGAGGUACAAACUAUGUUGGAAAGGUUUGGAGCUGACAUCAGUAAGGCCCUGCAGGCGAAGAGGAAGCGGCUUGAGUCCUACACCAAGAGUACCUUGAAGGGCAGCAACCAGAAGCUGGAGCAGCUGUGGAAGACCCAGCAGUGUCAGAGGCAGAAGCUGACACAGGAGUACUCCCAGGAGGUGUUCUCUGUGCUGCAGCAGUGGGAGACUGAUGUGCAGAAAUCAGAGGAACAGGAGGAGAAACUUAAUAAUUUAUUUCGACAGCAGCAGAAGCUCUUCCAGCAGGCCAGAGUUGUACAGAGCCAAAAACUUAAGACUGUCAAACAGAUGUAUGAGCAGUUUGCCAAGAGCAUGGAGGAGAUGGAGAAGAGUCACGAGUCCUUUCUAAUGGGAGCACAGUCAGAGCUACGCAAAGAGAUGGGCUUACUGCAGAAAAAGAUAUUGAUGGACACACAACAGCAGGAGAUGGCAACCGUGCGCAAGUCUCUCCACUCCAUGCUGUUCUGAGGACUUCUGCAUCCUUCACCAGACAACAUCCAUUUGAGUGUACCCAUAAUGGCACUCAAUAGAGCCACAGUGAAGACAAUGAAAGCUCAGGUCCAGCCACACUCAUUCACCACAACAUCACAACCAUUAACAGGUCAGGUGUUAGCACCAGUUUGUAAAUGGAAAAUAAUUUUAUUGCUUUUCACUCAUAUUACCGUGUUAGUAUAAUGUCGCAAACACAUUAUAUUGACGCAGAAAAUGCAAAGGCAAAAUGCAUUUGUGCACCGUUUUAAUGCACCACUUUCAUUCCAAGUUUGAAAACCUUGUAACCUGUUAAAAUGUUUCUAUAAUGCAGUUGAAAUAGCAGAGUUUUGUUUUUUUUCUUUACAGAGCAUGUGGCAGUGCCAAAUCUGGUGAUGUCACAUUACAUCAAACCAAAAAAAGAACUGCUGCUUUUUAAAUAUAUGCAGCGACAAUGUUUUGCUCACUCAGCCCAGUUGAUUA